ACAAUAAUUGUUUUUGACCACCCGUUGCUUGGUUACCAUUAGGUACCAACUUUAAUUCCAGAAAACAUAACAUUUUAUAUUAAAAUGUAUUCCCUAAUGUUAAGCUUGAAAUAAAUCUUCAUUUGCAACAUAUUUGAAAGAUAAUUCUACAGUUGAUAACAAAUAUUGAUUAUUUGAACAGUGGUACAAUCCUUAUGUAUCCAGGAACCGAAAGCAUAAUAAUAAGUUGAAACGAUGCUUUCAAUACCAGAAAUUGCCUCACAGUUAAUUGAGAAAUCACAAAAUGAUGACAAUGAUAGCAGCUCCAGAACAAUUUUUGUUGUAGGAAGCAAAUCUGUAGGAAAAUCUACGCUGCUUUAUUCUUUUUUGGAAAAGAAUGACCCUCCUCGUGAAACUCUAGUGGUAGAAUACUCGUUUGGAAGAAAAUCUAAUCAAAAACAAGGAAUUGAUAAAAUCUUGUGUCAUAUUUGGGAAUAUGGUGGAAAAUUGGAAACUUUGAAUAAUAUUUUGUUGUCUACGCCGAUACGCGGAAAAUAUUAUUUCUGCGUUAUUGUAGACUUAUCUAAAAUAAAAUGUAUCUGGGAAACUUUAGACACCUGUACUCGUGCCAUGAACGAUGUCUAUUCAACAUCACCAGACCAUCCUGAGUUGAUCAUAAUUGGCGGAAAAUAUGACAUCUUUAAAAAUUAUGACAGUGAAAUAAAGAAAAUGAUCUGUACAACUCUAAGAAGCAUAGCACUGCUUCAUAAAGCUCACAUGUUAUUCUAUUCAUCUAAAGAACCGCAACUUCUAAGACGAGCGAAAGAUAUGUUGUACAAUAUAAGCUUUGGGAACUCUGUUCCAGUCAAAGAGAAGAAUACAAACUACACAAAGCCGUUAUUCAUUCCUAAAGGUUCAGAUACUUGGGAAAGCAUUGGGGUCCCACCUUCUACUCUGGAGCAAGUAAAAAAUCGCCAUAUUACUCGAAUACCUCCAGCUCCAGCCACGAGUGAAACAAAUUCCUCAACGUUAGCGCAGCUCCAUGUCCACCCUGAACCUAGUCUUGAUUCGCUGAUAGCUCUCAAAUACGCUGAACUACGCAAUAUGGAAUCACUAGAUAUUCCAGUAGAAUACUUACUAUCAAUAAGCAAAUAAAAUGUAUAAUAUACAUAUAAAGUUCUUUUUUAUAUCUACGCCUUUC